AUGAAUUUUAAUUUUGGGGGUCAACAACCACAAGGCAAUAAUCCACAACAACAACAACCUACAUCAUCCACACAGGGAGGAGCAGGUGGUGGAUUUUCAUUCGGAACACAACCACAAGGAGGAGCAGGUGGUGGAUUUAAUUUUGGUGGAACUAGUAGCACUUCAGGAGGACAAGGUUUCAUGCCAAAACCAGGACAAGGUACUGGUUCAUCAAAUAUAACUUUUGGAAGUACGAGCACUGGAGGAGGUGGUGGAGGCUUUAAUUUCUCUGCUCCAAAACCAACAACAACACAACCAUCGGGAUUUCCAACCACUGCUCAGCCUACAAGUACCUCUCAACAACAACCCACUACUGGUGGAUUUAAUUUCAAUAUUCAAGCAACAACCUCACAGCCAACAAGCACCACUCAACAGCCACCAUCAACAAUGGGAACCACACAGCCAACGACUGGAUUUAAUAUUGGCGGUACAACCACCACUCAGCCAAGCACACAACCAACGACACAACCUGGGGCUGGAUUCGGCUUUAAGCCUCCAACAAUUUCCACAGGAGCAACUGGUACUAGUGCUACUACACAACCAUCAACUACACCAUCCUCAGGAGGUGGAUUUACUUUUGGUGGUACUACCUCAUCAACCACAGCUGGUGGGGCCAAACCAACAGGUGGAUUUAAUUUUGGUGGAACAACAGGAGCACAAUCAUCGGGAAUGCCAACCACUACGACCGGAACUAGCACACAACAACCAAGUACAACAGGCGGAUUUAAAUUAGGAGCAACACAGCCAUCAAGUACUGCUACUUCAACACAAGGAGCCACCACAACAGGAGGAUUUAACUUUGGUGACUCGGGAUCUACUCGCCCUUCAGAUGAAGAAGCACCUAGUAGAAAAAGAUCAGCAGGCACAGAACCAAGUGGUUUUAAGAUGCCAACAUUAACACAACCAACAACAGCAACCACGUCAACCACAGCAACAACACAACCUACCACAACUACAAGUGGUACAACAGGUGGUUUCAAUUUCGGUGCUCCUGCUGGAACAACUGCAACAACCACUACAGCAGUACCAACCUCGACCACACAAGCCACUACCACCAACAUCACUCCAUCUACUGGCGGCAGCACUGGUGGCUUUGCCUUUGAUACCAAGAAAUCAGCUUUAUCGGUGAACACAACUGGUACUCCAACCUCAGAAACUACAAAACCACCAACUUCUGCUCAAUCCACCACCCAAGUUGAAAUCCAAACAUUGUUAAAUAAUCAUACAGUGGAGGAAAUUCUCAACAAAUGGAACAAGGAUUUAAAUAAUGAUAUUAAGGAAUUUCAUAAACUGGCAAAUCAAGUAUCAAAGUGGGAUGCAGAAAUUUUAGAAGGUGAAUCAAAAAUUUCUUCGUUGAAUGAACAAGUUAGCGAAAUUGGAAGCGAGCUCACAGAAGUUAAAAACCAACUUGACAUGGUCACUUCACAACAAGAUCAUUUGGAACGAAUUGUCGAGUCUUUAGAAGAAUAUAUUGAAAAGAAUGCAUCAUUUUAUGAUUCAUCUAAAUUAUCUCAAUCCGAUCGAGAGCGUGAGGAAACAUACAAAACAGCAGAGUCCAUUAACAAGCAAUUAGAUUCCAUGCAAUUCGUGAUUGAUGACAUGGUAAAGAAGUUAAACACUACGUUUGACAAAUCUGUUGAUCCAAACUCAGACCUUACUCGGAUCGUACAAGUGAUGAACAACCACUUGGCUUGUUUGCAAUGGAUUGAGCAGCAAGCUUCACAACUAGAUAGUGACAUACAAACAACUGGAAAUAUUUUGAAACGACUGCAAUAA